AAUUGUCGAGUCCGUCACGUACGGCAACAAACUUGUUAACUUUUCUUCGAUCUAUUGCCCUAAUAUCUGACUUUUAACGAACAGUAGGAGAAUGAGAUCGUUCCCAGAAGUGCAGGAUCUGGUGAGCCAGUACAGAAACUUGGACACGCUGUUGGUCGGGGCCGCUUUAACUGGUCUCUUCCUUUGGUGGAGAUCUAGAUCUGAUAAGAGAACUAGGAUUAUUGUACCAACUCCCCUUUCACAACCAGUGUUAAAAGAGGAGACGCACAGGUGCAGCAUAUUUGGUAAAGGACACCCUGUGGUUGAGUGGGAUAAGGAUAUAAAUACUAUUGGACAUCUCUUUGAGAGGGGACUCAAGGUUAAUCCUAAUGGUCAAGUGUUUGGGUACAGAGUAGGUAACGGUCCCUAUCAAUGGAUAAACUACCGUGCAGCAGACACAUUAAUACACAACUUUAGGAAGGGCCUCAUGCGGAUUGGUUUAACUGGUGGACAGGAGGAACUUAUUGGCAUCUUUGCUAAGAACUCCCCCGAGUGGCAUAUGUCCAUGCAGGGCAUUGUUGGUAACAGAAGUAUCGCCGUUCCACUGUAUCAGACCUUAGGUACAAAAGCCAUGAGGUAUAUUCUAUCAGAAACGCAAGUAAAAACUGUGAUAAGCGAAAAUUGCAGUAUUGAAAGAUUGUUGACAUUUGUAAACAAGGAACGAAGUCAACUGGAAACAAUAAUUUCGAUUGGUGCAGUCUCUUCCGACAUUCACCACAAACUUAAACAGCUAGGUAUUCAGUGCUACCUGUGGGAGGAGGUCUGUGAGCUAGGUGUUCCUCCCCUACAACUAUCUUCGCCUACUGAGGAGGAUGUAGCAGUCAUCUGCUACACUAGCGGUACAACUGGUGAACCGAAGGGGGCUAUGAUCACACAUAGGAACGUUUUAGCAGCCUUCAAGGCGGGCUGGAGAGGGUUGUGGAAUUAUCAACAUAUCCUUACUAAAGACGAUAUAAUAGUGUCCUACCUACCACUAGCACAUGUGUACGGGUUUAUAUCAGAGUGUAUAGUAUUAUACGUUGGAGGGAGUAUCGGCUAUUUUCGAGGUGAUGUUACGCAACUACUUAACGAUAUCAUGGAACUGAAACCUACGAUAUUUCCUGCGGUUCCAAGAGUGCUAAACAAAGUGUACGACAGGGUGAACAGUCAGUUGGAAUCUAAACCUGCUCUUCUUAAGAGAAUAUUCAACUACGCUGUGAGCAGUAAAAUAGCUGAAGUGGAGAAGGGAAUAGUAGGAAAAGACACUAUCUGGGACAAACUGUUCUUUGGGAAGAUUCAAGACAAGCUAGGUGGUAGAGUCAAGGUAAUAAUGAGCGGAUCAGCCUCAAUCCAGCCCCACGUGAUACAGUGGUUCAGAGCAGUUGUGGGAGCUAACAUCAUUGAGGGCUACGGACAAACUGAGUCUACGGCUGCUACUUCCAUGUACUUGUUCGGAGAUACUGUACCAGGACAUGUUGGUGUUCCACUUCCUGACUGGGAGAUAAAGCUAGUAGAUGUCCCUGACAUGGGCUACUUUGUGCGGGACAACAGGGGCGAGGUGUGCGUUAGAGGCCCUGGCGUUUUCAAGGGUUAUUUUAAACAAGAAGCCAAGACAAAGCAGGUUUUGAUCGAUGGUUGGCUGCAUAGCGGAGACAUUGGAACUUGGACUCCAGAAGGCAGGCUUCAACUUAUAGAUCGAAAGAAGAACAUAUUUAAACUAUCACAAGGGGAAUACGUUGCUCCAGAGAAAAUAGAAAUGAUAUAUGAGAGAUGUCCGUAUGUUUCCCAGGUUUAUGUGUACGGGGAAAGCUUGAAAUCUCAUCUAAUCGGUAUUGUUAUACUAGAUGAAAUAUCACUGAAGACGGAAUGUCCUGAAAAGUUUAAUCACAUUGAAGUGGCUGACCUUCACCGGUCACAGGAAUUUGAGAAGUUUCUCUUAGACUCACUGCGAACUUUAGGCAAGGAAGACCUCGUCGGAUUUGAGCAGGUUAAAAAGAUAAAGCUAUGUCCAGAAACACAAGCCUUCUCAGUGGAUAAUGAUAUGCUUACUCCCACUUUCAAGAAAAGGAGGCAUAACAUAAGUCAGAAAUACAAGGACGUUUUAGCUUCGUUAUAUAAUGAAGCAGUGUGAGCUACUGUUGUUAUCUUCAACAGCUAGUCUUCAUCAGGUCCCAAGAGAUCAGCCGAAAUUGACAUUCACCGAAGUUAUCCCAUGCAAUGCCCCACGCCAAUGCAUUGCCCCCACGCCCAACUCAUCAACUUGACUGUUUAUCAUAAUGAAUCAGAAUGUGACCUCUUAUGAUGCAUAUCAGAUUGUGAACAACCUCAAAUCUAUAACGGAUAACAGCUAGUUUUCAUAACCUCAAAUCCAUAACGGAUAACAGCUAGUUUUCAUAACCUCAAAAAACUGCUGAAAUUGACAUUCACGAAUUAGACCCCAUACAAUGCCCCCACAACCCCCCAUGGACUCGACUGUUUAUUAUGGUGCAAUAAUGAAUGUGACCCAUUAGAAUGUACAGCAGAUUGUGGACAACCUCAAAUCUAUAAUGAUAACUGCAGUUCGAGCAUGGUUCAUUCAGAAUAUACACUUGAAGAGAGGCAUCGCCUUUAAACUCCAGUUGUAAUUUAUUUUGAUAGCGUUUAUUUUUUAUUGUGAUGAUUUUGCAAGGAUUAAAAACGUUAUUCGUGGAAAAAAAAGUGUCUCAUUUUUUUAGACAAUAAUACUCACUACUCAGUUUGUCAUUUUCUACGAAUUCAAAUAACACAAUCGGCAAUCACAGGGUUUAAUCUAAAGAAGAGGUUAAAUAACAAUAAAAUAAACACCCAGAAGUAAUUAAUCAAUUGAUAAUCACAUAAGUGCAUUGAAUAUAAAUCUAUGAUCAAUUAUGUAGUUAUUUAUGAGAAAUCGAAGUCUGUUAUCUUUUAGGCACGAUUAUCUCUAUAUUUUGCUUAAUAAAAUUUAGCGUUGUGUCGGUCGCACUUCCAAGUACAAGACCAGAAUUAUAAUUUAAGUGGAUUUGUGCCAGUUGCAUCUAGUUUGAGAACUAGAAGCACAAAUGAGUAGAGAUUGCUAUUUGCUACACUUUUCAAUGUUACAGUGUUCGCCAAGCC